UAUGUUUUUACACGUUUGCUGAGCUGUUGACCCAGACACCAUCCGAAAUCAGCGUAGGUUGAAGCUUCCGCAGAGCAAACUCCUUCAGCCCACUCCCAAAGCUCUUUGGCUUCUCCUGAACGCGUGAAUCAUCCAUCCCCCUCCCAAAAUACCGGCUGCCGUUUCUCCACCCACCGCUCCCGAAAGUACAGCCUCAGUUGUUCCCGUUUCACCGUGGCUUCAGCGUAUGCUCUGUUUCGAGCAGGGGGAAAAUCGCGCGUCCACAAGGUAAGAGCUUCAAGUUCCUUUUAUUUUUCUCCCCCUGUGUCGUUCUUUGUUGAUUUCCUUUCGGUUUGGUUGGUUUUUCUUCAGAAUUUGGGGCCAUUUUCUGGCGUGUCAGCGGCUGUUUGGUGUGCAAUGAGUGUUCAAACAUUUUAGGGCUUAUUUUUUAGGGUGCCAGCUUCGGUCCUAUGAGUGUGCAGCUGAAGCUAACUUCCCAAGACCUGCGAUUUCUGCGAAGCAACUCGGAUUCUCGUCCAUUCCGGCAUCUGGGAAAUUUGCUUUUGAAUUUGUCGUACCAAAGUCUCCAAAAAGCCACUGAUGAGUUCUCCCCUGCUAAUUUGCUUGGUGUGGGUAGUUUUGGAUCUGUAUAUAAAGCAAUCAUCAAUGAGGGCAGAACGACAAUUGCUGUCAAGGUGCUCAACCUUCAGCGCCGUGAAGCUUCUAAGAGCUUUCUUGCUGAGUGUGAGGCCUUGAGAAACAUUAGGCAUCGGAAUCUUGUAAAGAUACUUACAGUUUGUUCAGGUGUUGAUUAUCAAGGUAAUGAUUUCAAGGCUUUAGUUUAUGAAUUCAUGGUCAAUGGAAGCCUUGAGGAUUGGUUGCAUUCGAGUACUAUAGAAGAUCAGGUGCACCAGGAGCAGAGGGAUCUUAAUCUUAAUCAGAGAUUGAAUAUCGCCAUUGAUGUUGCGAGUGCAUUGGAAUAUCUCCAUUAUCAUUGCCAAAAAAAGCCAAUCAUCCAUUGUGACCUCAAGCCGAGCAACGUUCUUCUCGACGAUGAAAUGAUUGGACAUGUUGGAGACUUUGGGUUAGCAAGAUUUUCUUCCGAAGAUAACAAUAACUCUUCAACCAACCAGUCAAGCUCUAUUGGUGUUAGAGGAACAAUUGGUUAUACUCCUCCAGAGUAUGGUAUGGGAAAUGAGGUCUCCUCCUAUGGCGAUGUAUAUAGCUAUGGGAUUCUACUAUUAGAAAUGUUUACUAGAAAACGACCCACGGAUGACAUGUUCCAAGGCAGACUAAAUUUACAUUAUUUUGUCCAAGAAGCUUUGCCUAAUCGAGUGGUCGAGAUUGCGGAUCCAAUUCUUUUUCGUGAAAGAGAAGAAGACAUAGCGAUGAAUAAUUCUCAUAAUAAUAGCAGGACUAGAAGAAGCAAAAUUCAAGAGUGCUUGACUUUGAUGUUUGGGAUUGGAGUUGCUUGUUCUGUUGAACAGCCAGGAGAACGGAUGAACAUGAAAGAUGUUGUAACUGAACUUCAUUUGGUCAAGAAAAGGCUACUUAAAACUACAAGUAGACCAUAAUAUGAACAGAUAAAACAAUGGUCCAAGACAAGACCCUUCUGAUCUGAGGAUAUGGUGGUUCUUAUGGUUCAAGCUCACAUGGACAUGGUGAGAUGUCUUAUUUGUGUUUGAUGAAUUAGAAAUUGGUUUUUAUUGAUGUUUAACCUUUUUUAUUUACUUAUUAUGUUUGGAGACUUUUUUUUAUUUGCUUUUGCCUUUUAGAUAUUUGGAGUUGGAUUAAUGUAAUUGUUGUGUUGUGUUUUAUCUCAUGGAGUAUAAUAUAAUAUUGUUGCCAAGACAUUUUGAUUAAUUUGAUGGUUAUGUGGGGGACAUUGAGGACUUUUAGUGGAUGGAAUUUGUGGCUAUUAGUUGUC